AUGGCGCGCGAGCGCAUUGCCGAAUUCCACGUUAUGAACAUCAACUUCUACCCCAGAGAGUCCCGUUUGGUGACGUUCCGUGAUCCGUGGAGCUUCCCGGUCCUCUUCCACCCGGGCUGCAACAAUUUGAUUCGGCAGCACCUGGAGGACUUGGCGCAGAAGGUCGUUUCCCUCUGCGCUUCGUUGGGCGAGUAUCCUGUGAUCCGGUACUACCGGCCCCGAUCUCCCACCCAUGAGGCGGGUGUUAUGUGUUCUCAUUUGGCGCGCUUCAUUCAGAAUGAGAUGGAUCAAUUCGCGCAGUUCCAAAGGGACUUCCCACCCCAAACCAACCGGCCUCGGGGUGUGCUACUCGUGGUAGACCGUUCUAUGGACUUGUUUGCCCCGCUUCUUCACGAGUUUACAUACCAAGCUAUGGUUCACGACUUACUGCCUGUGAAUGAUGGCGAUAAGGUAACUUACAAGACUGUUGUCAACGAAGGCAGCAAGAAUGAGGAGGUCAAGGAGAUGGAAAUUGGCGAAGAUGACAAGAUUUGGGUGGAUUACCGUCAUAUGCACAUGAAGGAUCUGCUAGGUAAAUUGGGCGAAGAUUUUGCCAAGUUCCGAGCAGCCAAUCCUCAGUUCGCGGACGAUAACGACAAACAGAACGUGAACACCAUCAAGGAUAUGUUGGGUGGACUGACAGAGUUCCAAGAGGGGAAAACCGCCUAUACAUUGCACCUUAACAUGGCGCAAGAGUGUAUGAAGUUCUUCCAGGCCCGCAAACUCCUGGAAGUCAGCUCCAUUCAGCAGUCAUUCGCUACAGGUCUGGACGAAAACUAUAAGAAGGCCAAGAACCUAGCAGCACAACUUGUGCAACUUCUGGACGACGACUCAGUUGUGACUCCAGAUAGGCUUCGGUUGCUACUACUCUACAUCAUGUACCGUGGCGGCCUGCUGGGUGGUGAUAUUCGCAAACUCAUGGCGCACGCGAACCUGCCACCAAGAGAUGGCGAGGUGAUCGCCAACCUAGAGCUCCUUGGUGUUCGCGUAGAGAAGCCCUUGAAGGACGAAAAGCCACCCGUACAGCCUCUUUUCAACCGCCGAACCCCAGCACCUGAAUCUGAAGAGCUGAGCCUCAGCCGGUACGAGCUCGCCGUGAAGCAAAUGCUCGAAGAACAAAUCCAAGGCACUCUGGACCCCACCUCUUUCCCCUUCACACGACCACACACCGAAACAGACGGCGCUCUAGCCGCCCAGGAGAUGCAAUCCCAGCAGGCCUCCCUGCGCAGCGCAAAACCAACCUGGGCCCGCACAAGAUCAGUCGAUCAACCGCGCCAGCGUCUCAUUGUCUUCAUGGCCGGUGGAGCCACCUACGGCGAGUCUCGCGCUUGCCACGAAGUCUCAGCCUCCUAUAACCGAGAUGUGUACCUUGCCACAACGCACAUGCUCACACCGGGUCUCUUCCUUCGCCAGGUUGCCGAUCUGGGCGUUGAUAGACGUCGUCUGGACCUCCCGUCCGAGCGGCCCAAACCCACUGCGCCGGCGCAUUUGUUCGAGCGCGAAAAGCCGCCUUCCCCGGCUGCUCCGCCGCCGCAGAAGAAGCCCGUCUCAGUGGCUCAUCUUAACCCACCGGCUCCACCAGAGGCGCUGAUGGCGGGUAUGUCUGUCAGCUCGAAUGGAAGUGGAAGCAACCAUUCCUCCGGCAGUGGGAAACCCGGGAAACCCGACAAGCAUGACAAGCAUGAGAAGAAAGACAAGGAAAAGAAGGAGAAGAAAGAAAAGAAGUAUCGAUUUUUCAAGUAG